AUAACUGCCAAGGGUUUCAGCAGUAAUUCCCUAGCACCACCUUUGGAACGGGCCUCGAGGUAGGAGCUGAACCACUUCCAAGCAGUGCCUCCUACACCCAACUUGGCAAGCCUAUCCAAAAGGCAGCAGGGGCUUCUCGUCGGACCGAAACUCCCUGUUGACUUCAGCCAUCUAGAGGAGCGGCGACUGGUUGACUGCAAGAGAGCCUGCCGGGCGAGGAGGAGGCAGUGUCACGAGCAGGAACUCCGGCGCCCGCCAUUGGCUCACUCCCUGACAGAGCCGUGCGCUCUUAGUCCCUGCCCUGGCUGCUCAGGCGGGGCGAAGCGGCGUCCUCCGUCCCCAAAGCAACAGUGACUCCACCCCAAACACUGGCCCGAGGAAGCCCUAGCUGGCAGAAGCAUGGGGGGUGCGGAGCAGGAGCACGACCCAGACCAUGAGGAGAGUCCCCAGGAACUGGACCCCGCUGCUCGGCUGCUGGGAGAGCGAGUGGUGCGCAGCCUGCGCCUGGAACCUGAUCGCUGGGCGCGCUGGGCGGGGAGCCCUGAAGCGGAGCCUCUUCUGCGUGCCUUUCUCGGCGGCGUCCCAGAGAGGCGACUCCUGCUUGUCACCCUGGGCGCAGGGGGCCAACUGGCUCUGGGCGAAGAGCUCCCCCUACCGGCUGCAGCUGGCCGCUCAGGCAAGGGGGUCUUCUUGCUGCGCACGGCUCCUGGGCACCUGCUGUGUGGGGACCUGCUCGCCACCCCGCUGGACCACCUUGCCACCCUUGUGGAGGAGGUAGUGGUGCCACUCUUGGCAAACCAGAAAAACCAUCAAAACUGGCCACAUGUUGUGUCGCAAGAUGUUGCCUACCAUGUCUGCAGUCUGAAAAGCAGUGUUUUUGUCGUGGUUGGUCAAGUUAAAGGCAAAACCUUGCUCCCUCUUCCUGCUGGCUCUGAAGGCACUGCAUACAUUGAUUUCGACCAUGAGAAAACCAUUGAACUAGUGGAUAAAUCUAUUGUGCAUGCAAUUGAAUCAGCAGUUAUUGAAUGGACCUACCAGAUCCAGCAAGUGCUGAAGAGAGAGUCAUCAGAGCUGCUUUUGCAAGGCCAAGAUCCAAGACCAAAAGUGGAAUUGGACUUUUGGAAAAACAGAUGUGAGGAUCUACAAUGUAUUUAUAAUCAGCUCAACAGUAAGAGAAUUUUGACCAUGGUGGAGCUUCUAGAGAGAGUGCAGAGUUCCUACUUUCCAGCCUUCAGAUCAAUGUUCAGAGAUGUCGAAGCAGCAUUGGUUGAAGCCCAGGAUAUAAACAUGCACCUAAUGCCCCUCCAGCGCCCUCUAGAAGAAAUUGAGAAUGCAGAGUUUAAUGAGGUGAAGCCACUGCUAAAUAAUGUGCUACAUGUGGUGUGCUUAAUCUGGGCCACAUCCAAAUAUUACAGCACACCUGUGAGGAUUAUUGUGCUGCUUCAGGAAAUCUGCAGUCUCCUUAUCCAGCAGGCUAGGAAUUACCUCAAUGGAGAAGAUCUGCUUAAAGGAGAGACAGAAGAAAGUCUGGGGAAAGUGCAGAAAGCGUUUGAUAUACUCAACUAUUUUAAGCAAACCUUUGAAGAAAGAAAAGAAAAUAUCAAUACUUAUUUUCAGCCAGGCCAAGAGUCAAAGAAAUGGGAUUUUCCUUCUAUAAUGGUUUUUGCACAAUUAGACAACUUUCUAGAAAGGCUCCAUGUGGUAGAUGACCUUCUGAUGACUGCUUUGGACAUAGAGAAGCUGGAGAAGCUAGAAUUCAGUGGCAUAAGAGGGAAAAUUCUGAGUCAGCAGGUCCUGAACAUGUAUGAAGAGUUCCAAGAGAUGUAUAAAGUCUUUUCAGAGCAUACACAUGACUGUCUGGAUGUGGCCAGUAUGGAGUUUGAAGAUGAUGUGUGUGACUUUAAAGAAAAAGUGGAAGAUAUGGAUCAAAGGCUCGGGACAAUUUUUGGUCAGGCUUUUGAUGAUGCACCUAGCGUGGAGCAUGCAUUUAAGCUGAUAGACAUAUUUGGGAACCUGUUGGAACGGCCUUUGGUAGCAGCAGUUGCCUAUGCUAAAUAUCACCUUCUUGUCACAAUGUUCGACAGAGACCUGGAUGAUGCUAAAUUGAUCUACCUGAAUCAUAUUCAGCAGGAGAUGGAGUUAGGUUAUCCACCUGUACACAGGAAUAUGCCAUUAGUUGCUGGAGGACUUCGCUGGGCUCAAGAACUGAAAGCGCGAAUUCAGAUUCCGUUUAGUAACUUUAGACACCUCACUAAUCUUUGCAUGGACUCUACUGAAGGCAAAAGAAUGAUGCAGAAGUAUGAAGACUUGAUGCAAUUGCUAGAAGAGUACCAAGAGAAACUUUACAAGGAAUGGUUCCAGACUGUAUCUGAAAAAUCACAGUAUAACCUCACUCGACCACUUAUCCGACGAGACCCGGAGAGUAAUCUGAUUGCUGUCAAUUUUGACCCUCAGUUGGUGUCGGUUCUAAGGGAGCUGAGUUACCUUGGAGCAGGUCAGAUUGGGAAGAUACCAGAGACGGCAGCAGAAAUCUACUCCUUUAAAGAAUCCUUCCGACAGUUGGUAGCCAACCUAGAGCUGAUGGUUGCUUGGUACAACAAGAUCCUGAGAACAGUCCUGGAGGUGGAGUAUCCACUUGUGCAGGGUCAGUUGCAGGAUAUUGAUAUCCAGCUGAAAGAAGCAGAAGAGACAUUGAACUGGAAGACAGAAGGUCUUUGGGAUCGUGUUUCACGAGUGGUUGACAGUGUUCGAGAUCUUGAACAAAGAAUCCAGAAAACCAAAGACAACAUUGACAACAUUCAGAAUAUCAUGAAAUCCUGGGUCUCACCCAUUUUUGAAAGAAAAGAUGGGAAAAGAGAAAAUCUACUGAACUUGGAUGAUCAACAUGAGCGACUGGACAAACACUAUCGGCACAUCACAGAUUCUGGGCAUAAGAUUCAUUUUCUAAUUGAGGAAAACCUAAAACUGUUUGCAGCAGAUUCAGUUUCUGAUGUUUGGAAAGCUUAUUUGGAGCAUGUGGAUGAUAUAAUUCUGGAUGGAUUCUUUAAUGCCAUUGAAUGUUCACUUAAGUACCUUUUGGAAAACACUGAUGCUAAGGCAGGCCUUGCUCCACUCUUCAGAGUGCAGCUGGAUCUAUCUGUUCCUGAGAUGAUAUUCCGUCCCUCUUUGGAUGCUGGUGCCAGUGAUGGUUUCUAUGAUAUGGUUGAGGCUCUUGUCAAUGAUAUAUACCGGAUAUCCUCCCUGAUGCCUAGACUCGCAGGCCACAGCACUUUCUCCCAUUACCAGGCUGAUAUGGAGGAGAUGGCUGACCUUGCUGACAUGCGCCAGACCCUCAUGGAUCGUAUCCAGAAGAUGAUGUCCCUCUGUUGUGACUACCGCAGUUCCUUUGACCACUACUCCUAUCUCUAUGUGGAUGACAGGAAAGAAUUCAUGCGCCAGUUCCUGUUGUAUAGUCAUGUCCUCACUGCAGAGGAGAUUGAGGCCCAUGCUGAGGAUGGGGUCCCGGAGACCCCUCCCACUCUGCAGCAAUUCAAAGAACAGAUAGACUCUUAUGAGAAGAUCUAUGAAGAAGUGAGCCAUCUGGAGCCAGUCAGUGUAUUUGGCAGCUGGAUGAAAGUUGAUGCCCAUCCCUUCAAAACAUCUCUUUUGGGUAUAAUCAAAAGGUGGAGCUUCAUGUUCAAGCAGCACUUGAUUGAUCAUGUGACUCACAGUUUGACUGACCUUGAAGAGUUCAUAAAAAUUGCAGAGAUAGGGUUGAACAACACAGUGGAGAAAGGAGAUUAUGAUGGUUUGGUGGAAGUUAUGGGUCACCUGAUGGCGGUUAAAGACAGACAAACCAGCACCGAUGAAAUGUUUGAGCCCUUGAAACAAGCAAUUGAACUGCUGAAGCUCUAUGGGCAAGAAUUGCCAGAAGAAGUCUACAGGCAGCUAGAGGAGCUGCCAGAAAAGUGGAGCAAUGUGAAGAAGCUGGCAAUAACUGUGAAGCAUCAUGUGGCUCCAUUGCAGGCAAAUGAAGUCACAGUUCUUCGCAAGAAAUGUGCUGUGUUUGAUGUGGAGCAGCACAAAUUCAGAGAGAGAUUUCACAAAGAAGCACCAUUCAGGUUUGAUGCAGCGAAUCCCUAUCAAAUGCUAGAUAUAUCCCAUACUGAGCUCAAACAAAUGGAAGUUACCAUGGCUUCAAUUUAUGAAGCAGCUGAUUUGUUUGAAGUUAACGUUCCAGAGUACAAGCAGCUCAAGCAAUGCCGGAAAGAAGUGUGCAUUCUUAAAGAGCUCUGGGAUAUGAUCUCCAUAGUGACCUCUAGCAUGAAUGACUGGGAGACUACAAAAUGGAAGGAUAUUAAUGUUGAGAACAUGGAAUUGGAGUGUAAGAGGUUUGCCAAAGACAUUCGGAACCUGGAUAAAGAAAUGAGAGCUUGGGAUGCUUUCUCUGGGUUGGACAACAGAGUAAAAAACAUCCUGACCUCUCUGAGGGCUGUGUCAGAACUGCAGAAUCCUGCCAUUCGAGAGAGGCAUUGGAACCAACUGAUGCAAGCCACAGGUGUGCAGUUCACAAUGGAUGCAGACACCACUCUAGCAGAACUGCUCAAACUCAACCUGCAUAACUUUGAGGAUGAUGUCCGGAGCAUAGUGGACAAAGCAGUUAAAGAAAUGAGCAUGGAGAAGAUUGUGAAAGAGCUGAAGACAACUUGGGCUAGCAUGGGAUUCCAAUAUGAACUUCAUGCCCGCACAAACGUCCCUCUGCUGAAAUCGGAUGAGGAGCUCAUUGAGACUCUCGAAGACAACCAAGUCCAGCUACAGAAUCUGAUGACCUCCAAGUACAUUGCUUUUUUCUUAGAGGAAGUGUCUUUCUGGCAGAGGAAGCUAUCUACUGCAGACUCUGUCAUUUCUAUCUGGUUUGAGGUCCAGCGAACCUGGACUCAUUUGGAAAGCAUCUUCAUUGGAUCAGAAGAUAUUCGAGCACAGCUUCCUGAGGAUUCCAAGCGCUUUGAGGGGAUUGAUGUUGAUUUUAAAGAGCUGGCAUAUGAUGCUGAAAAAACACCAAAUGUAGUGGAGGCAACAAACAAGCCUGGCCUUUAUGAGCAACUGGAAGAUAUCCAGAACAGAUUGUCUCUGUGUGAAAAAGCCUUGGCUGAGUAUUUGGACACUAAGCGAUUGGCCUUCCCCAGAUUUUACUUUAUUUCCUCCGCUGACUUACUGGAUAUUCUUUCAAAUGGCACCAACCCACAGCUGGUCCAGCGCCACCUUUCAAAACUCUUUGACAAUAUGGCUAAAUUGAAAUUCCAGAUGGAUUCUGACCAAAACCCAACCAAGCUGGGUUUAGGGAUGUACAGUAAAGAGGAAGAAUACGUUGGCUUCAGUGAACCAUGUGACUGCAGUGGGCAGGUGGAGAGCUGGCUGAACCAUGUGCUGGACCACAUGAGGGCUACCGUGAGACAUGAGAUGACAGAGGCGGUGACUGCUUAUGAGGAAAAAGCAAGGGAACAGUGGCUUUUUGACUACCCUGCACAGGUGGCGCUCACUUGCACCCAGAUUUGGUGGACCACAGAGGUUGGGAUUGCCUUUGCCAGGCUGGAAGAAGGCUAUGAGAAUGCCAUGAAGGAAUACUACAAGAAGCAGGUGACCCAGCUGAACACCCUCAUCACCAUGCUCAUUGGACAUCUCUCAAAGGGUGACAGGCAGAAGAUCAUGACCAUCUGCACCAUUGAUGUGCAUGCUCGCGAUGUGGUAGCCAAGAUGAUCGCUCAAAAGGUGGAUAAUGCUCAGGUAUUCCUUUGGCUUUCACAACUCCGGCACAGGUGGGCAGAUGAGGAGAAGCACUGUUAUGCAAACAUUUGUGAUGCUCAGUUUCUAUAUUCAUAUGAAUAUCUUGGGAACACACCCCGUCUGGUCAUCACUCCUCUGACAGACAGAUGUUACAUCACCCUCACACAGUCUCUGCACCUGACUAUGAGUGGGGCCCCUGCAGGUCCAGCUGGUACUGGAAAGACUGAGACCACCAAGGAUCUGGGUCGAGCUCUUGGCAUCAUGGUGUAUGUGUUCAACUGUUCAGAGCAAAUGGAUUACAAGUCUUGUGGGAACAUUUACAAAGGCCUUUCCCAGACUGGUGCUUGGGGCUGCUUUGAUGAAUUUAACAGAAUUUCUGUUGAGGUUCUGUCAGUGGUGGCUGUGCAGGUGAAGAGCAUACAGGAUGCCAUAAGAGACAAAAAGCAGAAUUUUAAUUUCCUUGGGGAAGACAUUAAAUUGGUUCCUUCUGUUGGUAUUUUCAUUACUAUGAAUCCUGGUUAUGCAGGUCGCACAGAACUGCCUGAGAACCUGAAAGCUCUUUUCAGGCCAUGUGCAAUGGUUGUACCAGACUUUGAACUGAUCUGUGAAAUCAUGCUGGUGGCAGAAGGAUUCAUAGAAGCUCGGUUGUUAGCUAGAAAGUUCAUCACCCUUUACCAGUUGUGCAAAGAGCUAUUGUCCAAACAGGAUCACUAUGACUGGGGUUUACGUGCGAUCAAGUCAGUCCUGGUUGUCGCUGGAUCCCUCAAGAGAGGUGAUCCAGACCGCCCUGAAGACCAAGUACUGAUGCGCUCUCUCCGGGACUUCAAUAUCCCAAAGAUUGUGACAGAUGACAUGCCAGUGUUCAUGGGUCUAAUUGGGGACCUCUUCCCUGCUUUGGAUGUCCCAAGAAAGCGAGACCCCAGUUUUGAAUCUUUUGUGAAACAAGCCGUGCUGGAACUCAAGCUGCAACCAGAAGACAACUUUGUUCUCAAAGUAGUGCAGCUUGAAGAGCUCCUUGCUGUUCGGCACUCUGUCUUUGUGGUGGGCAAUGCUGGUACAGGCAAGUCUCAGGUGCUGAAAUCUCUGAACAAGACCUACCAUAUCAUGAAGCGGCGGCCUGUAUGGACAGACCUCAACCCAAAAGCAGUUACCAAUGAUGAGCUCUUUGGCAUCAUAAACCCUGCCACAAGAGAAUGGAAAGAUGGAUUGUUUUCAUCGAUCAUGCGAGACCUGGCCAAUGUUACACAUGAUGGCUCCAAGUGGAUUGUCCUGGAUGGUGAUAUUGAUCCGAUGUGGAUUGAAUCUCUCAAUACAGUCAUGGAUGAUAAUAAGGUGCUAACUCUAGCAAGCAAUGAAAGGAUUCCUCUCAAUCCCACCAUGAGACUGCUGUUUGAGAUCAGUCACCUGCGAACUGCCACCCCAGCCACUGUCUCCAGAGCAGGAAUCCUUUACAUCAAUCCCGCUGAUUUGGGUUGGAAUCCCCCUGUGAGUAGCUGGAUUGACAGACGGGAAUUCCAGUCAGAACGAGCUAACCUGACCAUUUUGUUUGACAAAUAUUUGCCAGUUUGUCUGGACACUCUUAAAACCAGAUUUAAGAAGAUUAUUCCAGUUCCUGAGCAAAGCAUGGUUCAGAUGUUGUGCUAUCUCCUUGAAUGCCUCCUGACCAAGGAGAAUACCCCUCCAGACUGUCCCAAAGAGCUUUAUGAACUUUAUUUUGUUUUUGCUGCUGUCUGGGCCUUUGGUGGUGCUAUGUUCCAAGAUCAGCUUAUAGACUACAGAGUUGAAUUCAGUAAAUGGUGGGUGACGGAGUUCAAGACAAUCAAGUUUCCUUCCCAAGGGACAGUCUUUGACUUUUACAUUGACCCGGAAACAAAGAAAUUUGAGCCUUGGUCCAAGCUCAUCCCCAAAUUUGAAUUUGAUCCAGAUAUGCCAUUGCAGGCCUGCCUGGUACACACCAAUGAAACCAUCCGUGUGCGUUACUUUAUGGAUCAGCUCUUGGAGAGACGUAGACCAGUCAUGCUGGUGGGAAAUGCAGGCACAGGAAAAUCUGUGAUUGUGGGUGAUAAACUGUCGCUGUUGGAUUCUGAGGAGUACAUGGUGAAGAAUGUCCCCUUUAAUUACUACACCACAUCUGCCAUGCUGCAAGCUGUUCUAGAGAAACCAUUGGAUAAAAAGGCUGGAAGGAAUUAUGGACCCCCUGGCACCAAGAAGCUUAUCUACUUCAUUGAUGACAUGAAUAUGCCUGAAGUAGACACUUACGGGACAGUUCAACCUCACACACUGAUCCGUCAACAUCUAGACUAUGGGCACUGGUAUGACAGAAGCAAGCUGUCCCUGAAGGAAAUCAUGAAUGUGCAGUACGUGUCUUGCAUGAAUCCCACAGCAGGAAGCUUCACUAUCAACCCGCGCUUGCAGCGCCACUUCAGCGUGUUUGCCCUCUCGUUUCCUGGGUCAGAUGCUUUGUCCACCAUUUACAGCACCAUUCUAACACAGCACCUGAAGCGGGGGAACUUCUCUGGGGCUUUGCAGAAGUCUUCACAGCAGUUAAUAAAUCUGGCUCUUGCUUUGCACCUGAAAGUGGCAGCAACAUUCCUGCCAACAGCUAUCAAAUUUCAUUACAACUUCAACCUAAGGGAUUUCUCCAAUGUCUUUCAAGGUAUUCUGUUUUCAACCCCUGAAUGUUUGAAGAUUCCACAGGACUUAGUAAAGCUGUAUUUGCAUGAAUCCAACCGUGUUUACCGAGAUAAGAUGGUUGAUGAGAAAGAUUUUGUCCUCUUUGAUAAAAUGCAAAUGGAGACUGUGAAGAAGUUUUAUGAUGAAAUAGAGGAGACCCUGGAGCAGACUAGGAAGUUGAACAUGUUUUGCCAUUUUGCCAAAGGGGUAGGAGAGCCCAAGUACAUGCCUGUUCAGAGCUGGGAAUCCUUGAACCAGAUCCUAGUGGAAGCCUUGGAGAACUACAAUGAAGUCAACGCUGCCAUGAGCCUAGUGCUGUUUGAAGAUGCCAUGUGCCAUGUUUGUCGGAUCAACCGUAUCCUAGAAUCUCCCAGAGGAAAUGCACUGUUGGUUGGUGUGGGAGGAAGUGGUAAGCAGAGCUUAACAAGAUUGGCAGCUUUCAUUAGCUCACUGGAGGUUUUCCAGAUCACCUUGAGGAAAGGCUAUGGAAUUCCUGACCUGAAGGCAGACCUAGCAGCACAGUAUAUUACAGCAGGAGUGAAGAAUGUGGGUACUGUAUUUCUGAUGACAGAUGCUCAAGUGGCUGAUGAGAGGUUUUUAGUACUGGUAAAUGACUUGCUUGCUUCAGGAGAAAUUCCUGAUCUUCUCCCUGAUGAUGAAGUUGAAAAUAUCAUCAGUAAUAUGAGGAAUGAGGUAAAAGCCCAAGGACUGAUGGAUACCAGGGAGGCCUGUUGGAAAUUCUUCAUUGAUCGUGUUAGAAGGCAGCUCAAGGUUGCUCUUUGCUUUUCCCCUGUGGGAAACAAGCUGAGGAUUCGCAGUCGGAAGUUCCCAGCCAUUGUGAACUGUACAGCAAUAGAUUGGUUUCACGCAUGGCCUCAAGAGGCUCUGGAGUCGGUCAGCCUGCGCUUUUUGCAAGGGACGGAAAACAUUGAGGCUUCAGUGAAAGAAUCUAUAAGUAAAUUCAUGGCUUAUGUGCACACCAGUGUUAAUGAGAUGUCCCGUUCCUACCUGAGUAAUGAGCGCCGUUAUAACUACACCACCCCCAAGUCGUUCUUGGAGCAAAUCAAACUCUAUCAGAACUUGCUGCUUAAGAAGGGGAAAGAACUGACAGCAAAGAUGGAGCGGCUGGAGAAUGGUCUGCAGAAGCUGAGCAGCACAUCUGCACAGGUAGAUGAUCUUAAGGCAAAGUUGGCAGCCCAGGAGGUGGAGCUGAAGCAGAAGAAUGAAGAUGCAGACAAGCUGAUCCAGGUGGUGGGCAUAGAGACAGAGAAAGUCAGCAAGGAGAAGACCAUUGCUGAUGACGAGGAGCAGAAAGUAGCCCUGAUCACGCAGGAGGUUCAGCAGAAGCAAAAGGACUGUGAGGAGGACCUAGUAAAAGCUGAGCCAGCCCUUGCAGCUGCCCAGGCAGCUCUUAACACCCUCAAUAAGAACAAUCUGACAGAACUGAAGUCAUUUGGAUCACCGCCUUCCGCUGUCAGCAAUGUCACUGCUGCUGUGAUGACACUCAUGGCUCCAGGAGGGAAAGUGCCCAAGGAUAGGAGCUGGAAAGCAGCCAAGAUGGCCAUGGCAAAGGUGGAUGGCUUCCUAGACUCCUUGAUCCACUUCAACAAAGAGAAUAUACAUGAGAACUGCCUCCGAGCCCUGCAGUCUUAUCUGCAGGAUCCAGAGUUCAAUCCUGAGCUGGUGACAUCCAAGUCAUAUGCGGCUGCUGGUCUCUGUUCCUGGGUCAUCAACAUUGUGCGCUUCUAUGAAGUAUACUGCGAUGUGGAGCCCAAGCGGCAAGCCCUCAACAAAGCUAAUGCUGAACUUGCUACUGCCCAGGAAAAGCUGGCUAGCAUCAAGGCUAAAAUAGCACACCUUAAUGAAAACCUGGCAAGACUCACAGCCAAAUUUGAGAAAGCCACAGCGGAGAAGCUAAAAUGUCAAGAAGAAGCUGAAGCCACUGCGAAAACCAUCUCCCUUGCAAAUCGACUGGUUGGAGGCUUGGCCUCUGAAAAUGUGAGAUGGGCGGAAUCGGUGAAAGACUUCAAGCGGCAAGAGAGUGCAUUGUGUGGUGAUGUCUUGCUAAUAACUGCCUUUGUCUCCUAUCUGGGUUACUUCACGAAGAAAUAUAGGCAAGACCUGAUGGACUGUGUGUGGAAACCAUAUUUGCGCCAACUAAAAGUUGCAAUCCCUGUGACUCCCUCUUUGGACCCUUUGAUGAUGCUGACUGAUGAUGCUGACAUAGCAGCCUGGCAGAAUGGCGGGCUACCAGCUGACCGCAUGUCCACUGAAAAUGCCACCAUCCUUACCAACUGUGAACGCUGGCCACUCAUGGUUGACCCCCAGCUCCAGGGCAUCAAGUGGAUCAAAACCAAGUAUGGUGAAGGCCUUAGGGUGACCCGGAUUGGCCAGAAGGGGUAUCUGGACAUGAUAGAGCAAGCUCUUGCUGCUGGUGAAAUCGUUCUGAUUGAGAACUUGGAAGAAUCUGUUGACCCAGUCCUAGGUCCAUUGCUUGGACGAGAGACCAUCAAAAAAGGAAGGUACAUUAAAAUUGGAGAUAAAGAAUGUGAAUACAAUCCCAGUUUCCGUCUCAUUCUUCAUACAAAGUUAGCGAACCCCCAUUACCAACCUGAAAUGCAGGCACAGUGCACCCUCAUCAACUUCACUGUGACUCGAGAUGGCCUGGAAGAUCAGUUGCUAGCAGCAGUUGUCAGUAUGGAAAGGCCUGACUUGGAAGAACUGAAGUCUGAUCUCACAAAGCAGCAAAAUGGAUUCAAAAUAACUUUGAAAACAUUGGAGGACAACUUGCUGUCCCGCCUCUCCUCUGCCUCAGGGAACUUCCUGGGGGACACAGCUCUAGUGGAAAACCUGGAAGUCACCAAACAGACAGCUGCAGAAAUCGAAGAAAAGGUCCAGGAGUCCAAGGUGACAGAAACAAAGAUUAAUGAGGCAAGAGAGCAUUACCGUCCUGCAGCAGCCCGAGCCUCCCUACUGUAUUUCAUCAUGAAUGACCUCAAUACCAUCCAUCCCAUGUACCAGUUUUCCCUAAAGGCAUUCAGUGUUGUCUUUCAGAAAGCUGUUGAAAGGGCGUCUCCUGAUGAAAACCUCAAAGAGCGAGUUGCCAACCUCAUUGACAGCAUCACCUACUCUGUAUUCCAGUACACAACCCGGGGGUUGUUUGAAUGUGACAAACUAACAUACACAGCUCAAGUCACUUUCCAGAUACUUCUGAUGAAUAAAGAAAUUAACACCACAGAACUUGACUUUCUGCUACGAUAUCCUGCCCAACCAGGAGUCUCCAGUCCAGUAGACUUUUUGUCAAGUCAGUCCUGGGGUGGCAUCAAGGCACUGUCAUCCAUGGAACAAUUUCGCAACUUAGAUCGGGACAUUGAAGGUUCUGCCAAACGCUGGAAGAAGUUUGUGGAGUCUGAAUGUCCUGAAAAGGAGAAGUUUCCUCAGGAAUGGAAAAACAAGUCAGCUUUGCAGCAACUGUGCAUGAUGAGAGCCAUACGGCCUGAUCGCAUGACAUAUGCUGUCCGAGAUUUUGUGGAAGAAAAACUGGGGAGUAAAUAUGUGGUAGGAAGAUCCCUGGAUUUUGCAACAUCAUUUGAGGAGUCGGGACCUGCAACCCCCAUGUUCUUUAUCCUGUCACCUGGAGUUGACCCCCUGAAGGAUGUAGAGAAGCAUGGGAAGAAACUUGGGUACACGUUUAACAACAGGAAUUUCCACAAUGUCUCACUUGGGCAAGGCCAGGAGAUAGUGGCAGAGGAGGCCUUAGACCAGGCUGCAGCAGAGGGGUAUUGGGUUAUCCUUCAGAACAUCCACCUGGUGGCCAAGUGGUUGAGUUCCCUGGAGAAGAAGCUAGAAGAGCACAGUGAAGGCAGUCACCCAGAAUUCCGUGUCUUCAUUAGUGCAGAACCUGCAGCUUCACCUGAGGGCCACAUCAUACCGCAGGGCAUCCUGGAGAACUCUAUCAAAAUCACUAAUGAGCCUCCAACAGGGAUGCAUGCCAAUCUCCACAAGGCUCUGGACAAUUUCAACCAGGACACCUUGGAGAUGUGUACCCGUGAGAGUGAAUUCAAAAGCAUCCUUUUUUCCCUCUGCUAUUUCCAUGCUGUGGUAGCAGAAAGACGCAAGUUUGGACCACAGGGCUGGAAUCGUUCAUAUCCCUUUAAUGUUGGGGACCUCACCAUUUCAGUCAAUGUUCUAUACAAUUACUUGGAGUCUAGUUCAAAGGUUCCCUAUGAUGAUCUGCGAUACCUCUUUGGAGAGAUCAUGUAUGGAGGACACAUCACGGAUGACUGGGACAGGCGCCUCUGCAAGACCUACUUGGAGGAGUUCAUCAAGCCUGAAAUGCUGGAGGGAGAAUUCUUACUGGCUCCAGGAUUUCCCCUCCCAGGGAACAUGGACUACAAUGGCUAUCACCAGUAUAUAGAUGAUGCCCUGCCUGCUGAAUCUCCAUACCUUUAUGGCCUCCACCCCAAUGCAGAAAUUGGCUUCUUGACCCAGACCUCAGAGAAGCUGUUCCGCACUGUUUUGGAGCUGCAGCCUCGUGACACCAGCCUGGGCGAAGGUGCAGGGGCCACUCGGGAAGAGAAGGUGAAGGUGCUGCUGGAUGAUAUCCUGGAGAAGCUGACCGAUGAGUUCAAUAUUAUUGAGUUGAUAGCCAAGGUGGAAGAGAGGACACCAUACAUUGUUGUUGCAUUCCAGGAAUGUGAGCGAAUGAAUCUCCUUACUAGUGAGAUUAGGAGGUCACUGCGGGAGCUGGACCUGGGGCUGAAGGGUGAAUUAACCAUGACCAGUGAUAUGGAGAUCCUGCAAAAUGCCAUCUUCUUAGACACAGUGCCCGAGUCAUGGACCAGGAAGGCUUAUCCUUCCAUGGCGGGUCUUGGUGGCUGGUUUGCUGAUCUUCUCAACCGUAUCAAGGAGCUGGAGACAUGGACAGGGGAUUUCAUGCUCCCGUCUGUGGUGUGGCUAGCAGGAUUCUUCAAUCCACAGUCUUUCUUAACGGCCAUAAUGCAGUCCAUGGCCCGAAAGAAUGAGUGGCCACUGGACAAAAUGACUCUACAGUGCGAUGUGACCAAGAGGAACCGUGAGGAAUUCACCAACCCACCCCGGGAAGGUGCCUACGUCCAUGGCUUGUUCAUGGAGGGGGCACGUUGGGAUAUACAGACAGGGUUACUUGCUGAUGCCCGGCUGAAAGAUCUAACUCCAUCAAUGCCAAUUAUUUUCAUCAAAGCCAUCCCCGUUGAUAAGCAAGACACUCGGAAUGUGUAUCCAUGCCCUGUGUACAAAACCCGCCAACGGGGCCCAACCUACGUCUGGACAUUCAACCUGAAGACUAAAGAGAAAUCUUCCAAAUGGGUUUUGGCUGGGGUAGCACUCCUCCUCCAGAUCUAGACUCCAAUUCAGAAUGCUCUUUUCACAACAGAAAAAUGACAGUUUCUUAUUUAGAAUGUUUUUCACAUCAUAAAUUAAUAUCCAGUGGUGGUUCUGCAUAUAUGCUCAUCACAUGAUGAACAUAGCAUCAAGAGAUGUCCUACAUGUGUGAACAACCUACAAAUCACAGUUUGAACAUAUGUAUAAUCUCACCUGAUCUCAUAACUAAGCUUUCUGAUGAAACCAAUCCACACAUUCAGCUAUGAGCUAUCAUGUGUUGAAUUACUAAGUGAUAUACCUGCUUAUGUGAACCAGCCUCAACAAUGAGUUUAAACUAUCAUUUGCGCUUGUUUAACCAUACUCUCAAGAAAUAUAUAUACUUUUACAAUGUUGUAGGUUUUACAAAGGUGGGUCCCCGUUUUAUGAGUAGAUGUCACCAUGGGAGACUGCAAGGGAAAAGUUACGUCUGCUGACUUUUUCUUAUCACAAAGGAUUUUAUAAACUCAUCCAAGCAGGCAUUGUCCUGUAAUUGAAUAGUGCAACUGACUUAGCAAGAUUGAUUUAAAGAGGCUGCUGGGCGUUGAAGCUUUUGUGAGGAAAUAGGCAGGUGAUGAUCCUCCAUUGUACAAUGAGAGUGCUUCCCUUUUCUUCAAUGGAACCGGUCAUUUACGCUGUAGAAUGACAUACUGGAUUGUCCCACACACAGAGAAAAGAUUAAUUCUACUUCAGCUUCCCCUGAAAAAUGCUUAUCUUGCCAGACAAAGCCGGUUAAAGAUUUGCCCUCACAUUAUAACUACGUCUUGAGGCAUAAAGGAGCCCAGUUUGACACCUUUCUUUACAGAUUGUUCAUUUUUACAGAAGAUUACACUCUAGGAAUGCUGAGAAAAAGUAAGUUUUCACAGAACUGCUGCAGAAUGUAAACUUGCACCGAGGAAAGGUUUCCCACUACAGUAUAUUUCCAAACAUUUCAGAAUGUGUCAAAUUUCCUAGUAAAAUUUUAUUUGUGUGUUAUUGUCUAGAAAUUGCCUUGUUCUUGUUUCACUAGCAACUGUAUUCCCACUUCUGACUUAUUGAACUAUCUGCAUGUCCAUGGAGUAUGUGGAAGGGGAGAAGCUGAUUUUUUUUUUUAAAUAGAUUGCUUUCUUGUCUUUCCACACUGUUUGGGUCCACCAAGGCAGCUCACAACCACAGCCUUUCAAACAGGAUUGCCCCACAAAGGACAACACUGUAAUAACAUUAUGUCAAUAAUUGAGGCCAUUGGUUUGUUUCUGUGUGAUAGUGUUUGUCAAUUGCAUGAGCCAUAAAUUUGUUUUUAGAUUGUUUUCCCUGUUGCUUUUCUCACAGACUGGCAUGUUUCUUAUAAUAAACAAUGCACUACAAAACAAA